CAGUGUAGGACAUUGGGAUAGUCAGCUUUUUGGGGAGGAGUAGAUCCGUUCAAGUUUGAGCAUUUAUUCAAGAGGAAAUUCUGCUUUUAGCCUGGAACAACCAGGAGACGACCCGGGCUCCGACACCACAACUAGUGAAGACAUCUUGAGAUCACGCCUUUUUUUUUAAAGCGCCAAAUGCCCAGACUGGAGGAGCACUGCUGGAGCUGCUCCUGUGCACCGAGGGUCGAAAGCAAACACUCGUCCGAAGCUAACUGGUUAGCAUCCAAAGCUGAAGAAAUGAUGUCCAUCAUCACGUCGGUGCUCCGCAACGCCUACGGCUCUCUGCAGGACGUGCGGGCGGCCAACCUGAUCCGCCGGGGUCUGGUGCUCUUCACGGUCGGAGCGUUCCUCGCCCUGGUGCUCAACUUGCUGCAGAUCCAGAGGCACGUCACUCUGUUUCCCGAGGAGGUGAUGGCAACUUUGUUUUCGUCCGCCUGGUGGAUCCCACCGUGCUGCGGCACCGGGGCCGCUGUUGUGGGCCUGCUGUAUCCCUGCCUCGACAGUCAUUUGGGAGAGCCGCACAAGUUCAAGAGGGAGUGGGCCAGCGUCAUGAGAUGCAUCGCAGUGUUCGUCGGCAUCAACCACGCCAGUGUUAAACUCGACUUCGACAACAACGUGCAGCUCUCCCUCACGCUGGCGGCCUUGUCCCUGGGCCUGUGGUGGACAUUCGACCGGUCCAGGAGCGGCUUUGGUUUGGGCGUCACCACCGCCGUCCUCGCCACCGUCUUCACACAGCUGCUCGUCUACAAUGGCGUUUACCAGUACACAUCUCCGGACUUCUUGUAUGUGCGCUCAUGGCUCCCAUGCAUAUUCUUCUCAGGCGGCGUCACCGUGGGAAACAUUGGACGGCAACUUGCCAUGGGCGGCGUCGAGAAACCCCACAUGGACUGAACAGUGGAAACGCAGGAGCGCGGGCGACGGGACAGACAAUGUAAAGAUGGACAAGUUACGCGAAGAAUGAUGAGGAUAACGGGAGCAAAGAGACUCAUUGAUUUCACUUCGUCCUUUGUUCUCGUAACAAAGUGCGGGUCAGAAAAAAAGCCCCUCAUCUAACAUGCCAUGUCCUCUGCACCUCCUUGUGGCCAAACAGCCUCUCCCUCCCGCCUCUGUUCUACCCCAUUAGUAUGGAGGCUCCCUUCACACGAUGCAGGAGGACAGUGUUUGCCUUUCUUUUUUUUCUAAAUGAUUUUUUUUUUUUUACGUGAACUGGUUUUAUUUUUAAUGCUGGAAGUAUAUAACGUAUCUUUUUGCCGUUCAUGGAGCGUGUGCUUUAGUGUGGAUGCAUCCCGGUCUUACAGAGAAGACUGUUUUUUGUUUUUUCCGCCUGAAUAUGUUAUGAUCCAUAAAAGGGAAAUGUCUUCACUCUCACAUUGCAAUGUAUUCAGUGGCCUCGGUUGCAUCGCUGGGGCACGUGGGGGGGGGGGGAGGAGGAGAGGGAGGAGGAUGUACGUUCCCAGUUGAAACCAAAAUUAACUAUUUAUCUUAGUUUUUGAAUGACCCCCCCCCCCCCCCCCCUGCCCGGUGUUGGAUCUUCUCAUCCAGGUUGAACUUUAAAGUGACGCGGAAGCUCACGGUGGUUGGAAUGAAGAGACAGGAAAUGUGUUCAAGCGUGCCAAUUAGUUUGUGCCGGCGACACAAGACCGACUAGUCGCGUUUACCUUCGAACAGCACCAUAUUCUCAUUGUCUGGGAAGAUCUUCUGUACAUUGUUUUUGUCUGCUUCUUACUAUUUUAAGACUCAUGCAGACAGGAUUGUUGGGUAUGGAGCAAUGAAAAAAAUCACAUUUUGUGUUAUUUUUUUAUCAGCAGAGCGAAAGAAAGCCACCGCGCUGGACAGUUUUGAAAGAGGGUACCGGGAGUAUACUACAGCUACUGUUGCCAGCAUCCGUGGUCAUUGUUGGACCAGUUUAAGACACUGUGGUUACCAUGUGUUCAAUGUCUUCGUGAUCAGUUACAAUAUUCCCCCACUCCAGAUUCAAACUAUUGGGAACAUCCACCAGUUGAAGGAGAGGGCAGGAUAUUAUUUCUUAAGAUUUGCAAUCUGUGAUUGCCUGUGUAUUAUAGAACGUAGUGCUUUUGUCACUAACAGUUUAGUUUCAUCAUUUGUACAAACAUUGAAUUGUUGCUUGUGUUUAAUGGCUUUCCUAUGUGAUCAGAACGGUAUUAUUACCAUACCAGACCUCCAGUGUGUUAGUUAGAAUUUGGGGGUCUACAAGAUUAAGUGCAAUCAGAGUAUACAUCUGCCGAUUAUUCGAUCUUUUUUUAUUUAUUAUUUCUGACUGGCAAAAAAAAAAAAAAAAAAGCAAUAACAUAUUUUGUUUUUGUGAACAAGAUAUGUGUCAGAGAUGACAUGCCUUCAGAGAGACGACAUUUAAAAGAAGAUAUCGUGUCUCAUUUAGUCGAAGCAAACCUGAUUUUAUUUUUGUGAAGACUUUUUUUGUCGGCGGAUCACUUCAGGUUGAAUCUGCUUACAUUCAGGUGUAUUUCACUAAAGAGGAAACUUAUUUUGUGAGGUGGUGAAGCACCUUUUUGUUUCAAUGUUUUCGAGUGUCUGUGCGUCUGAUAUUUCAGCCAUGUAUCAUUUUUGCUAACAUGGAUUUAAGUGAAAAAUAAAGGCCUGAUAAGGAUA